AUGUCUUUGAUGCAAAUGCCUUCAAUUUCAGUCGAUUUAAAUAUGAAAAAUCAUUCUCGCCGUCAAAACAAGAUCCAUAUCAGGAAAUUAUGUUUUUUUGCUGUCUUUUCCAAAGUGCAGGCCUUUGAGAACUGGACAAUGACGAUCACUUUAAAAAUAAUUAAAAGGUUCUCUAAAACCUUAAAUUUAUUAGAGUAUUCAUAG